AACUUCUCUGCAAGAGAUUUGAUGUGAGACUGUAAAAUGGCUGUUCAAGUUGAUGUAACUCCAGUGUGUGAACUGUGUAAAUCUCUAUCAGAUGGUAAACUUGGUCGAGCAGAAGAUAUUGUGUAUAGUUCAGAAAACUUCUUUGACCAUGACAACUUGGCUGUGUAUUUUCUGAUGAAGCUUUAUCAUAGAUUUCUGACUGACUAUUCACAGCACCAUGGAAUAGGUCUGUCUAAAGUUUGGCUGUCGGAAGACUGUCUUGUUAAAAAGACUAGGAUAAAAAGUUUGAAACUUCUUCGACACUUACUAAAGCUUGGGACAAGUGCGAAUUGUGUUCAAGGCGAAGAAACGCCAUUAUUAUGUGCAGUCAGUACCCACGAUGAAGAUAUUCUGAAGGUUUUGCUUGAAAAUGGCGCUGACCCAAAUAAAAUGACCCCAGUUAAUAAAAUGAAUGCUGUUGCUAUAGCAAUAAUACUUAAUGAUGAAACUAUUCUCAGGCUCUUGUUGUCGUAUGGGGCUAAAGUGAAUGAGCCUUGCUGCCAGAGACUGACACCUUUACAACUUUCAAUGAAUAAGUCAGUGAACGUGUCCAAAGUUUUGUUACAGAAUGGAGCAGAUGUUCAGCAGGUUAUGCAGAUGAGGGGAUGUAAUGAAGUGUUUAUAACAAGUCCUCCCCUCAUCCAUGCCGUGGAAACGAAUAAUAUGUAUUUAGCCUCGAUUUUACUGGAGCAUGGUGAAGAUGUAAACCAGUGUUAUGGUGAAUGUACAAACUCUGCCAUACAUUUUGCAAUUUUGCAGGGUAAUUGUGAUAUGUUGAAACUAUUGAUUCAGAACGGGGCAAAUUUGAACAAGAGAAAUGGCCGUGGUCAUACACCACUAGGCCUGGCUUUACAUAAUUGUGAUGAAAACAAAGAUAUUGCUGAAACUCUUAUUACAGCAGGCUGUAGUAUGACAAAAGGUAGCAUUAUCAAUGUAUUUCAGCGACACUUUCCUCCACUUCACAUCGCUGCGUUUCUAGGCUCGCAGAAUCAUUUUGAUAUUUUAAAACUGCUUAUCAAAACCUCGUAUUUGGUUGAGAAUAAAUUAGAAGAGCUAACCAAGGAUAUGCAGCCAGAAGAAGGAUUGAAUAGAAAGAAAAGAAAUCAGAGACCUGGAUUGAGUUGUUCUGAAAGGGCUGUAGAUUUGGAGAAACAGGAGCAACAAGACUUUAUAAACACUCAAGCCUUAGACAAAUCUACAGCUCUUUAUAUGGCAGUGCUAGGUGGUAACCUAGAUAUAGUGAGAUAUUUAGUUAAAAAUGGCGCAGAUCCGUACCUUCACUGUUGGCACGGAAGUUUGCUACAUGCGGCUGUCAUGGCGAGACAGAAGGGACAAGAAGUGUUAGAAUACGUUUUACAGUUUAAUUUUGAUUUAGAUAUGUUAAAUGAAGAUGGUAAUACGUGUCUGAUAUUGGCGUCUAGAAAUAGCACAGCAGCUGUGUGUAGUUUAUUGGUGGAGAAUGGAGCUCUACUGAAUGCUCAGGAUGCAAGGUUUGGUGAGACGGCCCUCUCGGCAAGUGUUUACUUUGGAUUUGAAAGCAAUGCAGAAGUGCUGAUACGGUAUGGGGCCAACCCAGAUCUGCCGGAUUUCAGAGAUACCCAUGCAUUGUAUUGGGCAAUUUUCAACUGUCGGGAGAGAAGUUUGAAGAUGCUUUUAGAAGCUGGAGCCAAAUUGACAAAGUCUAACCUCGCAACUUAUCCAAAAAAUAUAAAGGUGAUGAAAAACAGCAAGUUAAAGAACCUGUUAGAGCACUAUGUUAGUGAACCAAGGUCACUACAGCAUCAUUGCAGACUUGUUAUCAGGAAACACUUGAUGCAGAUGCAUUGUGGGAAAAGCAUUAUGAAUUCUGUGAUGUCACUUCCACUUCCUAUGAAAAUGAAGAGCUAUAUUUCCUUGCAGACUGAAAACACAUAGCCAACCUGGUAAAAAGCAUGAAAAAGAAUUUUAAUAAGAUUAAGAAUUGGUGUUUACUGUGUAAAUGAUAGGAUAGGGAAAGAAAGUAUAUUAUGUACAUGGAUGUCUUGUAGGAAUGCUCAGUG